AUGAAAAGAGGAAAGGGAAAAUAUAUGCUCAUUUAUUUCCUAGUUUUAUUCAUUCAGAUCUUUGAUAACGUUUUAAGCUGUCCUGCAUCAAUACCUACUAUAUCUUAUGUAUCUUAUUGUCCGAGAAGUCAAGCAGAGUGGGAGAAGGCAGCCCAAAGGAAGAAUUGUGAGAGUAUAGCAGUAAUUCAGAACUGCACUACUCGGAGUAAAUUUCAGUAUCAUUGUUUAAUGAAUCAAUGGAAAAAUGCUACACUGGAAGUAUGUGCACCCAUUUUCUACUUACAAGGAUAUUGCGCCGAAUACAACGUUGAAAUACAACAAGUGGCAGAAAUCUACGAUAAAGGAUUUGAAUGUCUGAAGUUUCCCGAUAUACACAAAUGUCCGCCAAGAUACCCGUCCAGUGAAGCCUACAAAUAUCAACGGUGCUAUAGAAACAUAAUAAAAAAUUUGUCUACUAAGAAAUUUACUAAUAGGUAA